CUCUGAUGUUACCAGUUAACAUUUUGUUUUCUCAGCCGAAUCUUUGCGCAAUUAGUAAACGAACAAGGUUGGAGAGCUCGUGAUUAUGGUGAAAAGGAACCGAUUGCCGUGUUCUUAGAUGUGAGUUAUUCUCGCGCCGAUGUGCUAGGAGACAUGGGUAAAUUGGAGAGAUAAAUUGGAGAGAUAAAUUGGAGAGAUACUGAAAGCUAUGCCCUCUAGUAUUGCACAUUUCAACUCAGUGAAAAUGAUUCUCAGUACUUACUCCAUCGUACCGAUGUCCAUGUCACGAAUUGACCUCGGAACCCACUGAAUAACUCAUUUAGUUGUAGUCUCUGCGGGAUGUGCGCCUUCAUAUAUGAACUCCAACCGUUCAAGAUAGUGGCACACACUGACAAAUGGAAGGUAAUUCAAAUGUUCCUCUUCUUCAUACUUUUCAAACCGAUAAAGGAAUGCACCUUCCGGAAAACACCGGACGUGCUUAAUAUCAGCCAUGGGAAUACAUCAGUCAUGUUCCUAGCUUCUCUGGAUUAGCAUCACGCUAUGAGUCGCGUUAAUCUUUAGUCUAGUUUAAUUUACGUCACGUGUACCCAUCUGGGACUGUUGUGGCCCUGAUCAGCGCAGCUGACAAAGAUUCUGGAGAGAAUGGACAGGUAAAAUGUGAAAUCGGAGGUGAUCUUCCCUUCAGACUGGAAGCAUCUUUGAAGAACUAUUAUAGAUUAGUCACUCGGCGACUACUGGACCGCGAAAGCGUCUUUAAAUAUGACGUGAUUAUCACCUGCAGCGACGCAGGGAGCCCUCCACAAUCUUUCAACAAAACUAUCUUGGUGGAGGUUUCUGAUGUAAAUGACAACUCUCCGCGCUUUACACAAUCUUCCUAUAACGCUUACAUCAUGGAGAAUAAUAUCAUUGGGACUUCAUUUUUUCAAGUGACCGCCGUUGAUACCGAUGUAAAUCAGAAUGCGCUACUAACAUAUUCCAUCGCUCACACAUACAUUCAGGGCGAGCUGGCGACCUCCUUCGUUCAAAUUAACUCUGAAAAUGGAAUCAUAUAUUCUCAGCGGUCUUUUGACUACGAGGAACUUAAAAAAUUCCAGAUCCAAAUUCAAGUCCGGUACUCUGGAGUUCCACAACUCAGUACCAAAGUCUCCGUGGAUGUUGUUAUGGUUGAUCAGAACGACAAUGCCCCUGUAAUUGUGCACCCAGUGUCUGUGUUUGGAUCAACUGUGACAGAGACUGUGCCUCGCUUCGCUGAACCUGGAUAUAUGGUCGCUAAGGUAUCAGCUACUGACGCAGACUCCGGCCAAAACGUAUAUCUCUCUUAUGAAAUAAGACAAGGGACUGUUCCUGACCUUUUUACCAUUUCAGCCUACACAGGCGAUAUCUGGACCACCCGUAGGAUAGAAAAGCAAGAUGCUAAUAGCCAACGUUUGCUGAUUUUAGUGAAAGACAGUGGAACGUCAUCUUUAACUGUUACGAUGACUAUUGCCUUGUCAGUCGUGGGGAGGGAGACAGAGCUGAACUCUGGUACAAGUAAUCACUCUGAAAAUCGUGACAUAAGCUCUGACUUCAGUCUUUACCUAGUAAUUUCUUUGGGGAUAAUAUCGUCGAUAUUCUUCAUGGUUUUAAUUAUCUUGGCUUUUAAAGUUCAAAGGCAGAGGCUUCGUUUUGCCGAUACCGGGUGCUAUAUAGAGAUUUGUUGCUGCUUUGAAGCAAGGAGUUCGCUGAAUGGGAUUCAAAAAGCCAGCCGAAAUAUUCACAUCGCUCCUAAUUACGUCGAUGUCUUUGGAGGGGAUCCACUUUCCCAACGUUUCCGCUAUGAGGCAUGUUCAACAUUAAAUUCGUCGAAGGCGACUGUUUUGGUUCCUAAACUGAGAACGGGUGAGAAUUAUAUGGAUAGCGAAGCAAUGGAAAUAGAGAAAUCCAUAUUGAAUGCAAAGUACUCGAACAAAAGCAGCACUGUAAAUGAUGAGGUGAGACAAUAAUAACACUUGUAAGUUUGCUUUAAACCAAUAUGUGCAAGUAUUGUCACUACUUUGAAUGCCGGUUUAGAUUGCGGCUGAGGAAAGUGAACCGAUACUGAAUGCAAGCAUAAUAGUUUAAAAUUUAGCAAAUGAUUCCAAUAUUAAAAAGAGGAAAUCCAUCGGUACAGAAAUGCAAGCGAUGCCCAUAGUCAAGAAGGGGUAACUGAUAAGAAAUGAGGAUGGAGAUAUAGUU